AUGGCAGACCCAGACAUAGCACGCCGCAUCCCUUCUCCCACCUCCACUCUUCCCCUUCCUCGUGCCCUUCGCCACAGCAAAUCGUUCACCCAGCUUGCGCGCUUCAUUGGUUUCUCAACCAUCGACCCUGACGCCGACGCCGACGCCGAUGAUCAGCUGCCGACCGACUCUGGCAGCGAAGUCGGAGACGAACACGAGGAUGACAAUGCGUCACCAGUUGAUGACGAUCCAGAGGUCGACGAAGAGUCCCUAAUGUGGGACGCGCAGACGGCUCUCAUUGCGCAUCAACCAGCCCUCGCCGCAAAGUACUAUGCUACCGCAGCGUUGCCUCCGUACUCAUCGCCAGCAGCCUGUCUCGCGCUUGGAAAUCUCCUCGCGCGAGGCUCUGGGUUGGCCCAGCCUGAAGAUUCGCCACAGAGCACCGUCGCCAAGCCCAAAACCGACUCGGGUUCACCAUCUCGGUCUUGGCUGUCGUCAUUCUUCCGGGUUCAUCAUGCACCUGCUCCUGUAUCCACUCCGGCUCCUGUGGAAUCUCCAAAAGAAGAAUUUCCGGGUCUUCGCACCACGCACCUGUCUUCAAACGGCUGGGAGCUACCCAAGGAUGGCAACCGCGUCGUGCGCAAUGUUGAGGCCAUGGGCAAAGCCGCUGGAUGGCUGGUCCUAGGUGUCGGACAAGUUCUCGAAACCGAGGCUGACCGCGCUGUGAAGCCAGUGGAACGUCCACGCAAAGGAAGUGUGGACGAUGGUGCUGUCGUCUUCGACUUCAAGGGCAAGGGGCGUGCACACUCUCACCACAACCUUACCCAGGUGAUCAGCCAUCCAGCGACUGGGGGAGUCAACAACAACGCACCUUAUGGCGAAAGCGAUCUAACCAUUGCGGUCAAACGGAUCAGACUUCUGUAUGAUCUCCUCACUCCGUUGGUUCAGAUGUAUCGUCACGGUCACAUCCAGAGACACGACCCCGUUGCCCUUCCCCCCAUAUCUCACUCCCAACUACCUCGCGCCCUCAACCCCAAGGGAGAUAAAGAAAGAGGCCGCAACGCCUGGCACCUUGGCUCCGCAGUCGCGAGCAAGCUUCUCGAUCUCCCACUCUUGACUUCGACUGUGAGCCUCGGCCGGGAAGCAAACGCUCGUCGCCAGGGCGUUCUUAUCAUGGCCAAUUACAUUCGUGGCUUGACCUCGUCUCUUGAAGUUGCAGAAGUGUGCUGUAAGAACGUUAUCCGCCUUGGGCCAUGCGGUUUGGACCUUCCAGACGACCUCAUUCGCCAAGCGUUCCGUCGCCUCAAGAGCAUUCUCAAGACGACUGGCGGCUCGCCUCUAUCUUCAAGCGACGCAGACUCGUUCCCGUUCCCACCCACGCCUGGCGAACCUCGUCGCCGCGAAUCUAACGCAUCCUGGGUGUCGGCUGCUGACAGCAACAUGACUGCGUCACUGCGACUCAUGUCACCCGUCAAGUCGAGUGCUUCCCUAGCCUCCUUGGCCUUUGACAACCCUAUCGUCGAGAGCACUCCAACUGGCCCCCGCCAAGGUGCGGCCGCCACGCUCCGUGGCAUCCAGCAGUCUCAGCGUCGCGUGCAGAGCUCGCGCGAGGCAGCUUCGGCGCUCAAACAGCCGUGGUGGCCGACACUCGAGGGUUUGUCCAUGGCCACCCCUCGCGAGACUGUGCAGAGGACCCCCCGUGACGAAACGCAGCGUCGGCCGCGUCCUCGCGAGUUCGAGUCGUUCUCCAAGACCGAGACCAAGAAGCCUCAGCUCCGCAUUAUCGCGUCCUCCCCGCAGCUCCGCUCGGGGAUCCCGAUGUCACCUCCCACCCGUCGUCGACUGCCAUUUGAGCCCAAAGAGGCGGUUGCGUCAAUCGACCCCGAGUUGGCGGCCCUUGAACUCGCUAGCGCCCUCACGAAGCACGUACAGUGUGGCGUCUGCGGUGCUGAUGGUGUCAAUUUUCCCAACUGCCGGAAAUGUGGCCUUACCUUCUGCUCGCGCCCUUGUCGCAUCAGCGAGACAGGAGCCGGCAAUGGCAAGCGGUAA